GCUGGCCUUUUUUCCAUUCAACUAAAACAGUCCAAACCAGUUUCUUCCACAGCACACCCUGCAGACUGCCUGACAACCACCACAGGCCUCGCUCUACCUUAAGGAGUCGGCUAUGGAUUAUCAGAAGCAGGUUGAAGAAAUCAUAUCCACUGCCAAAUGUGGAGACUUGAUAGAAUUUGCCUACCCCAUCGGAUAUUCUCACUGGGGAGUUUAUGAUGAAGAUGGACAUGUAAUUCAUUUUGCUGUUGCAGAUGAGAAGCAGCUGAUGAGCAACAUACGUACGUACCUACAAAAGAUCUUCCCGGUUUGUGGCGACCUUCUUCUCGGGGAGACCAAGAUCCGCAGAGUGCGUCUUGGCGAGGUGAACGUGCCGAAAGGCGUCAUCGUCUCCAUCGGUAACGACCGGCACAGCUUGACACCGUCAGCAUCCGAGGAUAUGAGACUGCGGCGUGACGCCCUUCUUGAUCGGGACUUCCAAUAUAAACUUUUCACCUUCAACUGCGAGCACUUUGCCACUUUUGUACGUUAUGGAAAAGCAGUGUGCAACCAGAUUCCUGCUAGAAUGAAGGAUAAAGAGUGUGAGGCGGCAACUGCAUUCUUCAACAACGUCGUCAGCCCCAAAGAAACUGUGCAAGAGCAAUUCAAAGAGACCUCCGACUUCUUCAAUUCAAAUCGGUGGUAGGAGAAUGAACCGAACAAUGGUGUAAAUCAUAAAUGUUCUUUUGGACUUAAAGAAUCUUCUUUUUUUUUAAUGCAAUUAAUCAGAUUUACUAAUCAAUCGGAACGUCUGGAACCUGCUGAAGGGCCCUGGGUCUGUUCUCAUGCCACCUGUAUAAUCGUAACCCAAGCUCAAGCAUGUGUGUAUGUUAGCGAGAGGAAGUGCAGAGAUGGCUAGGGAGGUGUAUGUGUUACCCAAACGUUAGAACAGGAGAAAACAUUGAGGCUUUUAUUUGACUUUAUUUUCAUUGAGCAUGACUUCAGACCAGGACGUUGCUGGGGUCACAGCAAUGCUAGACAUUGAGAUAGGAGCAGGUGCUGCCAACUGGUGAUGUAAUGUGAUGUACAUAUCAAUUAGCAUUAUUUAAUGCAUUAAUAACCCUUAACUAACAGUUAAUUAACAGUAACAAAUGUGGCUAGUAAGCAUUUAAUAAUAGUUGUUCAUGUUGACCAAGGUAACAUUUCAUACAUUAUUUAAUGUUUGAAAGCAUGCUAUACACAUAGUUAAUGUAGUUAAACACGUUAACUGUAAUACAAUAAUAUGCAUUAUGUAACUGUUAAACAAGUAUACUGUUAGCAUGUAUUAAGGGUGUACAUGUUAAUGAAGGCUCUAACUAAUAUUAGUAAAUGGUUAUUAAAGAUGUUAUUUAGCAUUAUGUCAUCAAGUUCACAUCCAAGCCAUUUCAUUAAAGGAACAUUGUGUGAGAUUUAGUGGCAUCUAGUGGUGAGGUUGUAGAUUGCAGAACAACAAACUCGAUGUCCUUCAAGUCAGGAAUAUAGGUAAGAAUAGGAUUGUAUUACUAAAAGGAGCUACUCUUAUCAAUACUUCCCACAAAUAAAUAAUAACUUUUAAAAACAUGUCUCUGAUUUUAAAUACAAUUAAAUCAAGAACUGAUUUGAGGUUAUGCUAGCGGAGCCAGUGAUCGAACCGCCAACCUAUACUAUGAUCAUUUUUUAGGUCAAAGUUUACUAAGACAUAUUUGAUCAAAUAUUAUAACAUUCAAUAUUAUGACAUUUGUUUGGAAUAUUUCACUUUGACAUGCACUAUACUAUUAACAUAGUAUACAUUUCUAAUAACAUACUGAACAUAUUCAACUUUUGGAUUCACCUUUUAUGGCUCACUUUGACAGUUUUUAAGGACACACUCAACUAU